AUUGAGAGCAGCCCUGAGGAGAAGGACCUGGGGGUGUUGGUUGAUGAGAUUGCUGACCCUGAGACCUGUGACCGAAUGUACGAGAGCUUAGUCAGAAUCCACACCAACUACUACAAAAACAAGUAUCCACGCCUGAAAGACACAAGCUUCACUGGACUGACAGUAGAAGACUGCAAGAUGAUACUAGCAACAGACGUUCUGAAACAGAUGGAAGACAUGAAAAAAGGGACAUGGAAAAAACUGCGAGAAAAGUUUUAUGCCAAGAAACCUGAAGAGGACUCAAAGUGAUAGGCUAACUCCCAGAUUCUCCACUGUACAUAUUCCUAAAGCACUGUAUGUUGCCAUGAUGAAUAAAGCCAUUUAUUCCUCUUAGC